AGGGGAGGGGGGAGAAAUCCGGGGCCGGAAUGGGGCUGGCGCGUCUGAUCCGCCGGGCAGCUCUAUGCCGCUUUCAAGCCCCUUUUCCCGGCCCGGGAAGGUCGGGGCUUCUUUGCCCUUCGGCCGCUCUCCGGACCCUCUCGGGCCCCGCUUCGAGCUGGGAACCGGUGCGUCCUCCCGGGUCGAGGACCAGCUUAGCCGGGACGCUUUCCUCCUCGGCGGCUUUGGUGCAAACGGCGCCGCUCUGGCUCCAGCCUUACCUCCGUCUCAUGCGGCUGGAUAAACCCAUCGGGACUUGGCUGCUGUAUCUUCCUUGUACCUGGAGUAUAUCCUUGGCAGCUGAACCAGGUUGUUGGCCGUCCUGGGACCUCCUGUUACUUUUUGGUGCUGGCUCAGUUCUGAUGCGUGGAGCUGGCUGCAUCAUAAAUGAUAUGUGGGACGUGGACUAUGACAAAAAGGUGGUGAGAACUGCAAAUCGGCCGCUGGCAGCUGGAGAGCUUACACAUUUUCAAGCCCUUGUUUUUCUCAGUACACAGCUUAGCUUGGCAUUGGGUGUCCUGCUGUGUUUAAAUUAUUACAGUAUUAUUUUAGGCGCUUCUUCUUUAUUUCUCGUGGUGACCUAUCCACUAAUGAAGAGAAUAACUUACUGGCCACAGUUGUAUUUAGGUUUGGUCUUCAAUUGGGGAGCCUUACUGGGUUGGUCUGCGGUCCACGGUUCUUGCAAUUGGUCUGUUUGCUUACCCCUGUAUUUUUCCAGCGUCUGUUGGACUUUGCUUUAUGAUACUAUUUAUGCUCAUCAGGAUAAAAGCGACGAUCUUGCCAUCGGUGUGAAAUCUACAGCGCUUCUCUUUGGGGAAAAGACAAAAUACUGGCUCGCAGGCUUCAGUUGCACAAUGCUUGGUGGUCUAACGCUGGCAGGAAUCAAUUGCGGUCAAACCUUCCCCUACUAUGCAGCGCUGGCAACUGCGGCCGCCUGUUGGGGAAACCAGAUAUUCCAUUUGGACAUUAAUAACCCUAAAGACUGCUGGGACAAGUUUUCUUCAAACCGCAAUCUAGGGAUUUUGCUUCUCGCAGGGAUUAUACUUGGAAACUUAAGGAAAGAGAAAGAAGAAGGAACAACAGCUUUGAACAACAGCUAGAGCAGAAGAAAAGAAUGCUGUUUUACAAAUAAAAACAAAGACAAGUCCUUUUUUAAAAAAAAUCUGCCUCUUUAUAUUUAACAGAUAUGAUGCUUUAUAUCAGGGGUCUCCAACCUUGGUCCCUUUAAGACUUGUGGACUUCAAUUCCCAGAGUCCCUCAGCCAGCAAAGCUUCAACUCUGGGAGUUGAAGUCCACAAGUCUUAAAGGGACCAAGGUUGGAGACCCCUGCUUUAUAUUAAAAUGUUAGAAUGGUGGUUAUUAGCUGCAGAUUUGGUUGUUUUUGUGUUUGAACAUAUCUUGGCAAUCAUUCUGAAUAACCAUUCUGAGAUUUCCCAGUAAAAUGUUGAGAUUAAUUCUGCAGAGCUACAUCUGAAGUUUCCCAUUGUAAAAUUAUAAGAUUGUGAGUGAAUUAAACAGGUAAAACGAUGUACCCCCCCCCCAAAAAUCAAUCUUCCGACACUAAAAUAGAACUACUGUGUAGUCGAAACUGCUUAUAGAAGUGUAAACAAUAAAAUGACUGGUUUUAUA